GGGCUCUAGGCCCAGAUGAGGGGCGGAGAGGAGGCAGUGCGGCUACCGAUAAAUCGGGGUACAGCCCAUAGUGGAGAGCCCGGAGGAACAGGAGUCAGUGACCUUCGAGGAUGUAGCCAUCUACUUCUCUGAGAAUGAAUGGACUGGCCUGGCCCCUGCUCAGAGUGCCCUGUACAGGGAUGUGAUGCUGGAGGAUGAUGGGGCUGUGGCUCCCUGGGUAGAAGAGCCAUUGAAACCGAAACUGCAAGGAGAGGGUCCAGGCCUAAUUUGUACCGAGUCUGUGUCCAAGAGUGAGAAAGAAGGUUUUAUUUUGAAGGAGGAUACUUUUGAGGAGGCACAGGACCACAUGGUACUAUCAGGUGGACCCCAGUGCUGUGGUUCCCAGGAAUUCUGGUUUGGAAAAACCUGUGAAGAGGAGAAAAGCAGGUUAAGGAGAUGGCCUGCCUACCCCAGUAGGGAAAGUGUGGAGAACACUACACGUGACAUUACAGAAGUGAUUGUCAAGGAUGAGAUGAUCUCAGUAGAAGAGCAUUUGAAGGAUGCUGAUGUUUAUACCCACCUUGUACCUCAGAAAGGUCUCCAUGAGCAGGUAUUCUAUAUAUGUGAAGAAUGUGGCAAGUGUUUUGAUCAAAAUGAAGACUUUGAUCAACAUCAGAGAAUUCAUGGGAAGAAAGUCUGUGGAUGUAAGGAAUGCGGGAAGACUUUCAGUUAGUCACACUGCAUUGUACAUCAGACGAUUCACACUGGGGUGAAACCCUACGUAUGUCAAGAAUGUGCUAAAGCCUUCGUUUGGAAAUCAAACCUGACUGGGCACCAGAGAAUUCACACCGGAGAGAAACCCUUUGAAUGUAAGGAAUGUGGGAAGGGCUUUAGUCAGAACACAAGCCGUACACAACAUCAGCAAAUCCACACCAGGGAGAAACCAUAUACAUGUAAGGAAUGUGGGAAAAGUUUUACUCAGAACCCAGUCCUUCUUCGACAUCAGAGAAUCCACACUGGGGAGAAAGCUUAUGAAUGUAAGGACUGUGGGAAAGACUUCAUGUGGAACUCGGAUCUUGCUCAGCACCAAUGGGUCCACACUGGAGAGAAGCCUCAUGAAUGUAUUGACUGUGGGAAAAGCUUCAUUUGCAAGGCACGCCUUACUCAUCAUCAGAGAAUCCAUACUGGGGAAAGACCCUAUAAAUGUAAUGAGUGUGGGAAGGCCUUCAGUCAGAAUUCUGUUUUGAUUAUGCACCAGAGGCGCCAUGCUAAAGAGAAACCCUAUAACUGUCAGACUUCUCACUUUCUUGAACAUUAGAGAAUGCAUAAUGGUGAUACUUGUUUAUAAUUCUUAUGCUCCAGGAACCCCAGCCACCAGAUGAGAUGACUGCCCACAGUUUGCUAUAACUGUAAUAGCCAGUAUUGUCUUGCCCCUUCUCCUGAGUAGAUACCCUGUACUCCAGCAAGACUGGUCUCUCUGUUCAGCCAUAUUCAUACUAGGCAACAUUUAGUUGAGCACCUACUCUAUGUCAGGUACUGUGCUAACCAUUUUGCAUACAUUCC